AUGGAAGGCACAGAGAGCGACCAGACGAACGAGAACAUCUUCAUGUUCAUUCCCAACCUGAUCGGCUACUUCCGUAUUGUCCUCUGCCUGGCAUCACUAUACUUCAUGCCACUGCAUCCACGACGUUGCAGCUUCCUCUACUCAAUCUCCUGCUUACUCGAUGCCCUCGAUGGAAUCGCGGCACGAAAGUUCGAACAGAGCACUCGCUUCGGUGCUGUGCUGGACAUGGUCACCGAUCGAUGCACCACCACCUGCUUGCUCGUCUUCCUGGCGACCGCGAAGCCGGCGUACAGCAUCAUCUUUCAAGGAUUGAUCUCGUUGGAUUUGGCCAGCCACUACAUGCACAUGUAUGCUACGCUGGUGAUGGGAGGACAAGAUCAGAGUCACAAGAAUGUUGAUGCGAAGAGGAGUUGGAUCAUGAACCUAUACUACACCAACAAGACCGUGCUCUUCAUCGCCUGCGCCGCGAAUGAGCUCUUCUUCAUUGCGCUAUACCUGCUCUGCUUCAGCUCUCCACUCGUCACUCCAGCUCUGGCAUACCCUUCGGGAACCAUUCCGAUCGAACCGCUCCAGCCAACACCAUCAAUCCUCUUCUCGAACCCGUUCAGCGCCGCAGCCAUGGAACAAGCACGAGCGAGGAAGAUGGACUCAAUGGUCCCAUGGAUCCUCACCGUGGCCAGCUCGCCAAUUAUGCUCUUCAAGCAGGGCGUCAACGUGGUGCAAUUGGUCAAAGCCAGCAAGUGGUUGGCAGAAGGCGAUCGCCGAGACCGCAAAAGGGCAGGACUACCCAGACCACAGACUGGCACCGUGCAGAGGAAGAAGGAACUCUAG